GUGCUUUACCAAGGGGCAAUGGGUGCCCAAUUAGAAGACAUCAUGAGUUUUAUUCGAAGUGCACUAAUUUGGCUAAUCCAGGACAGAAACAUGAAUAUUUCGCAAAUAUCCCUCCUUCCCAUUCUGUUUAUAUGUAUUCCCUGCGAUGUCUACUCAAUAAGCCUGGCAGUAUCAAUUUCCACUCUUAUUAUUUUUCCAUGCGGAUUUCUUGAAAUAUUCUCGCUCAUCCUUCUGUUCUGCAUGUACUCUGAACAGAUUCUCUUGCAUGCUGAGCUAAUCUACAGUGUCUACCUGUGGCCUGCCAUUGGGAUAUACAUUGUUUACAUAUCAAUUGUAGCUGCUUUAAAUGGCCUCUUAAAUCUAGCAGUUGUCAAGCCAAUUAAGUACAUCCUUAAAGGAGAAAUCCCAAUCUCAAAUGAUGCUGAAAACCCAAAGACACUUGAAGAGGCUCUCUCAACCUUUUUGCUGGUUGAUAUCCCACAGACUGCAGCUGCAGAUCUCAAUAGCGGCAAGUACGUGCGCCUUGAUAAAAAUACAUCUAAACAGAAAAAAGAAAGCACCAAUGCAGAACCCUCUAACUCACCCAGUUAUAAUAAUCCCCCAGGGGCAACUGUAAUCGAAUGCAGGAAAAAUUCACAUAGUGUAGAAAUGAAAAUGUGUCUUGAUUUACUUAAAGAAAAGAGGAGUACCACCAGCCUAAUCACAUCACGGAAUACAAAGAUAAUGCACAAGAAGACAUCCUGGAGGGGCGUAUCCUUUAGAUAUAUUCGGAUAGCAAUACUAACUUUGUUUUUUCUAUGUAAAAUGGUUUGCAUCCUCUUUUUGUACAUAGUGAUGCUUUCUUCUGAGCACCGCAGUCAGCUACUCUUAAAGUAUGCUGCAUUUAUGCCUGUGUUCCUGUUCUGCACACUCGAAGUGAAUUUCUACUCAAUUGACAGGCCCACAAGGAACUAUACCCAUCUGUUUACAAUUCUUCUGAUAUAUCUUGUUGUUUGUGGGUCAUUUGAGUAUAACACAGUCCCUAUUGACUACUCCUUCUGCAAGAACUCUCUUGUCCCAGAGUCAUGGAAGAUUCUCAAGCUGCUCUGCAGUGCUAAAGACCUAUUCCCAAUGACUGCCACCAUUAUGAACACAAUGUAA